AUGGGAUGCUUGAACGAGCUCAACUACAAGUUGGUGUGGAAAGACCACAUGUGCCAUCUUUACACAAAAGCUGGAGAAAAGAUCGAUGUGGAACUUCACAAUGGAUGUCCCUACGUUGCUCAUGAAUUUGGAGCGAAACUGCUGACGGUUUUGGAACAGCAUCAAAUUCAACAAGAGCUGAAAAAGAUGACCUUGAAGUCAAUCUUGACAAGAGGGGCUGCCGGUCUUGGCGACAAAAUGAGCAUUGAAAUGGCGAUGCUUGUCAAGCUCAAGGAGGUCAUGCCGACUUUGCCUGAAGAUUUGGCGUUGAAGCUGGUCCCAGAUCUCUCAGUGCUCACGGACCCCAACAUCGGCUUGAACCUUCCAUGGAAUCGCAGAAAGCGAAAAAGACUCAUGAUGGCAAAGAAUGUGAUCAUCCACAUGUACAGUGGACCUGAUGCUUCUUACUGGGAGCGGCGUUUGUCAAAUGAGCACACUGAGGUCGUGGAGCUGAACCUGAAGCUGCAGUUGCUGAAGCAAUCAGCAGAUGGAUUCGCCGUGAAGCGCCUCCACGUGAAGGACCUGAAGAUCCUGUUGGCGUUGUUUACGCCGAUGAUGAUGUCAAACCUGCUGGUGUCGCUGCAAUUGGAAAUGUUGCCCUUCAACAAUGGAAGCAACACUACAUGCAGGACCACAUGCCGGCUCGUCGAGAUUGCAGCCACUGUGUACGUUCUCAAGAUGAAGAGGAAGAUCACCCUUUGCCUGGCCUUGAUGACCCUGAGCUCUCUGGUGAUCCUCAAGAACAACAACCUGGAGAUGGUCAACCACCUCAACAACAUGUUGAACGAGAUCAACAACAAGCGGGCCAUGAAGCUCGACAUGAACAAGGUCUUCCUGCAGGAGUUGCACAAGAUGAACCUGAUCCUCUCCAAGAAGAAUCGGCCCGAAGACCCUGAAAUACGUGCUGCUCAAGUGCGAAGCCAUGGCAGCAGAGAGCGUGUUCAUGCUGGUGCAGCUUCUGCGAUGAGUUUUUUGGUGGGGCAGACUCUUUUGUCCGAAGCCGAAGCUUUGGAAAUCAAGGGAGAACAAGAUGAAGCGGAUCCACUUUGGAUUGCUGCGGUGGUUUUGAUGAUCCUUGGGGCAAUCUACGCUGGCAAGCUGGCAGUUCAAGCUGGUCAAUGCUGCAUGCGCCGAUUGCAGGUGUGGUCGUCUUCGCCAUCGAUGCCUUCUGGUGAGAUGCAAGUUUCAUCAACAAGCUCCGCUACCAAAGAUGAUGGUGAAAGAAGAUCUAAGUUGAGGUGGAGAACGAGCUCUUCAAGCAGCUUUGGCCCUGUGCAGGCCCCCUCAGCAGGAUCUCCGAGCUCUGGCCCUGCGCAGGCCUCUUCAGCGGGAUCGUCGAGCUAUGGCCCUGUGCAGGCCUCUGUGACGAUGUCUUUGCGGAGCGUUGGCCCUGUGCAGGCCCUUGGUGUGUCUGGCCCUGAGCAGGCCUCAAGUUCAACAACAUCAGUACCCAUAACUGCCGAGCGUGCUGGCCCUGAGCAGGCCCAUUUUUCUGGAUCUGGUGGUGGCCCUGUGCAGGCCUUGAGAUCUUCGAAUGCGGCUGCUGGAGCAUCCUUGGGCAGUGCUGGCCUUGUGCAGGCCUUGCGAACUACGAAUGCGGCCCUGGCUGCUGUUGCGCUGAUUUCCCAGAGCGCUGCUGCGGGCGAUGGCAUUGAGCAUGCGCUGAUGCAGCGUGCUGACGAAGUGAGCGAGACGGUGCGCGCAGCCCAGCAGCUGGGGCUCGCAAAGGGUGCUUAA